ACUGAGAUGUGUUCCUGCAGCGGCUUGCAAAAGCUUGUUCGAUUGCGACCUUAAUAUGAUGCGAUGCCUCUGGCGUAUAGUCUUCAAUAAUUAUAACAAUGAAUUCCAAUGCGCAGAAAUUCGCCGGUAACGAUGAUUCUGAUCCCUCCCCACCAUCAUCACCAGUUAAUCGCAUUAGUCAUCACUGGGAGUUAUCUGACCCACGUGACAUUCACUUCUCGAACGUUCGGGUGCCCGUAGCGGACAUAAGCGGAAGUCUGAUAUCACCGCCGCCGCUUUAAAUACUCUUCGGUCUCUCCUGCAACUUCAGCGUCAUCUAUCAGACAACGUCGAUACCCUGUACAUAUCGAUACCACAAUCAUGGCGUUCUUUAUAAGACGCCCAUUCGCCGUGCCAUCGGCGCUGGGCCAAAUUCCGAAAGCCACAAACACCGCUCGAUUCAUCCACAACUCGUCCUCUAGGCCUUUCUCCAAACCUGUUUCGUCCAUCUUCGCAAAGUCUCGUCAGUCGUUCCAUAAUGCCUUCAAGCGGACCUAUAUGCAGCCUUCUGCCAGCCCUGCGCAGGGUAACAUGACUCAACAGCUUUUGUACGGUGCGGCUAUUGUUGGUGGAACUGUUUUGGCGACGAACUUUGUCUUCAACCGGGAAACUCGUGAGGAUGGCGGCAUGCCGGCUUAUGAGCGCAGCUACUUGAACGAAACAUUUAUGCACACUGGUCUUGGUGUUGGUAUUAUUGGUAUUGCCGCUCGGGCUCUGCACAUGAAUGGCUGGUCGUAUCGUCUGAUGGCCACCAACCCUUGGGUUGUCGUUGGUCUUGGUCUUGUUGCUAGCAUGGGUACUAUGUUCGGAACUUUUUACACUCCUCCUGAGAACUAUGUGAUGAAGUAUGGUCUCUGGACCGGUUUCAACAUCACCCAGGCCGCUCUCCUCUCGCCCUUGAUGUUCAUGCACCCCGCCCUUCUCGCCCGUGCUGGCCUCUAUACGGUUGGAAUGAUGGGUUCGAUUGCCUUCGUUGGCGCCACCGCCAAGCAGGAGAAGUACCUGUACCUCGGUGGACCUCUGCUCGCUGGUGUCACCAUCGUCGCUCUUUCCGGUCUUGCCCCGCUCGCCCUCCCCGCCACUGCCACUCGCGCUCUUGCCUGGUCUGACAAGAUCUGGCUGUACGGUGGCCUCGCUGUCUUCGGUGGUUUCACCCUGUACGACGUCCAGAAGGUCUUGGCCCACGCCCGCAUGUCGCAGAGGGGCCUGGCGAAGCGUGACGUUGUCAACGAGAGCGUUAGCCUUGAAUUGGACUUUAUCAACAUUUUCGUCCGCAUGGUUCAGAUCCUUGCUAUGCGGAACAACAACCGGAGAUAAACUUGACGUCAUCCAGACGGGUUUGCUUUUAGGGGGUUAGUACUGGGGACCCGCUGUAUUAUUUAUACAACUGCUUUUUUUUU